AUGUCUCCAACAGACCAACUCCCACCUAGCCUCGAGGGAUCGCCCCUCAAGGCGCUGCCUAAUGAGAUCCUAGCUCAAAUAGCAGGAUACCUGCACACAAGGGACCCAAGCUCCCAGGGCCUCCUGAACCUCCGGCUAACAUGCCAAAAGCUCAAUGAAAUAGCCAGCCAGAGGCUAUUUCGCAGAAGGAGCUUCAAUCUACAUCGCAUGCCAGACUGCCUCAUAAACCUGCAGCCAGUUCAGCGGAAACUUGGGCUCUUGACAAACUAUGCACGACACGUGCGUGUCGUGCACAUCGAAAACCGAAACCAUUGUCGGCAUGACGAUGAAGAUGAGGGGUGUCCUCUCGCCGCCGUUCGAUACCUGGAAGGGAUCUCUGGACUGAUCCAGCUUAAGAUUGCUGGAAAAGGGAAUGGUUACCAGAUCAUCAAUCAGGAAUUCCACGCCCUAUUACAGCAGGCGAGCGUCCUAGCGCCGCCGCAGGACCGGAUCUUUCAAAACCUGCGUUCCGUCGACAUUGUCAUUGGACAACAAGCGCAGAGCCCUGCAGGAAAGUCCCAAAGCCCAAGGGGUCUUGGAAUCCUGUUUUUCAUCCCUCAGCUCCGAGAACUCUUCCUUCGCCACGCCAUAAUCACAUCUGAAUUAGGCGUCCGAGACCCUGCGGCCCACGUAGGGUCUACCGGCCUAAGAACUUUGCACUUAGGCGACUGCCAAUUGGAUUUCAGGGUGCUGGCCGAUAUUCUCUCCCUCCCCUCGACGCUGAAGCAUCUGGUGCUUAUUCACAACCAGCAUCGACCCGAUCCCGCUCUGGCACCAGAUGUUUUCCCCCUGGAGGAGUAUCUGGAAGGGGAGAUCUCAACAGAGGAUGUCUUCGGUGGAAUCUGGCGCCAGCGCCAGUCUCUAGAGACGCUGGUGGCACACGAUCUCAGAGACGGUCUGAGAUCGGACCGUUUGUACGAGUUGAUUUCGCAACACGAGGCCGAAUUCCCGGCGUUUGUGACAUGGCGAAUUUGA